AUGCCGACAUCGAGAGAAGGAUUCGAGUACACUCGAUACCUGUUCAAGGAGGUGGCGCCGUCCAUGACGGGCGGGUGUCAUGCUGACGUGUGGAUGCCGCUAAAGGACAAGGUCAAAGGCGGGAGGGUGCCGGUUGGCAUCACAUACCACGGCGGUGGGUUCACGACAGCCGACUCGCAACACGUCUUCACCGGCCACAUCGAGCACCUCCUCGAGCGGGGCUUUGCAGUCGUCUCCCUAGAGUAUCGAAUGUGCCCGCACGUCCGCCUUCCCGAGAUCCGCGAGGACCUGCUUGACGGCUACCGCUGGGUCCUCCAAAACCUUCCCAAGAUCCAUCCCGAGCUCGAUCCCGAGCGUAACUUCGUCUUCGGUGGAAGCGCAGGCGGAACAUCAGCAAUGUUGGUGUCGAUCGAUGCCGCAGCGGCCGGCUUGCCUCUCCCGAAGGCGAACUAUAUCGCGUACCCGCUGUCCGACACGAACGCACGCUAUUUCAGGGAAUACAAGCCGUACGAAGAUGCGAUGGCGGACCUGUCUGAAUAUGACAAGAAGAAGGUUGAUGACCUCCUCUUCGAGCCCGUCAGCACGGCGCAUGAUGUUUGGGCGGAGGACGGGUCUUCACCUCGCGCGACUUGGGCGAGCAUGGCCAUCGACUCGGCCUCGCUCAACGAAUUUCUAACGAGCCAUGCACCGCCGUACCCCGACGCGCAGAAUCCCAUCAAGCUCAUGUCCGCCUCCUUCCCACCCAGUGUGUGGGUGCUCGCGGCAGAUGACUCGCUGCUUGACCCACAGCAGACUCGUGAUGGCCACGCCCGAUUGCUGGAACUAGGGGUUGAGAGCAAGCUCAUCGAGGCGCAAGGUAUGCCACACGGCGCUCUAGAGCCAGGACCAGGUAAGGACGGGUGGAAGGAGCGGUUCUGGCCUUUCGCGCAGCCUGCACUCGAGUUCUGCGUCGCUAAGUGCGCGAAGCGCGGGUGGUGCUGGAUCCAGUAG